GGAGAUUCGAUACCGUCUGCAACUCUCAGCUACUUUUCCCCCAAUUCUGAGCUCAACAUCGAACCCUAGCUCAACGAACCAAUCAUGUCUUCCAAGCAAGGAGGAAAGGCGAAACCUUUGAAGCAGCCAAAAGCUGAUAAGAAGGAAUACGACGAGACGGACUUAGCUAACAUUCAGAAGAAAAGAGAUGAGGAAAAGGCUCUUAAAGAGCUUAGAGCCAAGGCAUCGCAAAAGGGAUCCUUUGGAGGUUCUGGACUUAAGAAGAGCGGCAAGAAAUGAUCCGUUCUAUCCAUGAGUGUGUUUUAAAAUGCAAAUUUAUCAAGUGAAAACAGAUAAUCGUGUGAUGAUGUAACUUUUUAUCAUAAUUCGAGAAGAGUAACUUCGCUUCUCCAUACAUAUGAUGCUUUCUCUAUUUUUCAUGAAAAAGAAAAAUGGUAUCUACCU